CUGGGAGUUCCGGCGUUCCCACGGAAGGAUGGAAGGAACGGGACGCUUAUAUAAACGUGAAAGGGUCAGCAAGGAACAUGUAGUCCUUGUCCUGCACUCGUCCGGUCAGCUGUUCCUUGCUCUCGCACUUCACCCUUCGCCAUGGCCAAAUACGCUCUCUCAGCCAUCCUCCUCGCCACGACCCUCCUCCACCUGGCGGCUUCGUCUGCGUCUCCUUCAGCCCCCAGCGAUGGCCAAGAGGACGACCCACGCCUCAUCUUCGGCACGGGGACAGGCAAUUCCGUGACCUUUGACAACGAAGCGAUUAUCUCCGCGAUAAUGUUCUUCAUCAUGGGAGCCGCCUUGGCCUUCUUCGCCUAUGGUUACGUUUUCCCGACCGGUCGUCCCUACGCCCACUACGAUGAUUUGACUGGGUAUUCCAACUACGGGCCAGACCAUACCUACACCGUCCACCGAUCUAUCGACAACGCAGCCAAGAAGUAUAAGGAUUUGUAAUCUCCUCGUUGAUGUGGAUUAAUGAAUGGGGAUUUCUACUUCAGUAAGAUGAUUCUUUAAUAAUGAAGGAGAUUUUGCCCGUGACAUUUUUUGUUCCAAUUGUGAAGGAGAUAUGGGGAUGAAAA